ACACGCUCGAGAGCGCCAUCACGAGUGAAUGAAUCUAAAACUAUUGGAAGGAUAGAAAGUAAGGGACGUAGAUGUCAGCUCAUGGUUCGAAGAACAUGAACGACCAUUUGGACAAGGUGUGACCUAGAGAUGAAAGAGUGUGUUUCGUUGAGCGACCAAUUUAUCAUGAAACGCGUUAUGCUUUUCGGAUACUUGACAUACUCCUGUGGGAAGGGCUUCCUCGGUCUCUUCGUAAUUAGUCUUAUCGCAGUACAACAAUUUACUUAUUAUCAGGAACUGCAAAGGUGGCAAGAGAUGAGGAAAGAAAUAGAACUGUUGCUAGCCGAUCAACGUGAGACGCAAGAUAUGCUUCAAUAUCAAAUAAUGUUGGUGAGACAAAAGAUAUUCGAUUUGAACAAGACGGUGACGGGGAACGAUAAAACAACGGUAUACGCGAUAACACCGACGUUCGCCAGGGCCGUACAAAAGGCCGAAUUGACGCGACUCUCCCAAACUUUUCGACUCGUACCGAACUUCCAUUGGAUCGUAGUCGAGGACUCGCCCGAGAGGACGAGGCUCGUCUCGAAGUUGCUCGAGGAAAGUUGCUUGAUUUACACCCACCUGGCGGCUGCUACGCCUCCCAAUUAUAAGCUCGGAAAAAAUGAUCCCAAUUGGAAGAAGCCUCGAGGGGUCGAGCAACGAAAUGCCGCUUUGCACUGGCUCAGGAAGAAUCUAAAGUCGAACGACAACGGCGUAGUGUUCUUCGCCGACGACGACAAUACCUAUUCCCUGAAAUUGUUCCAAGAGAUGAAGAAGAUUCGGAAGGUCGGUGUUUGGCCGGUUGGUCUCGUCGGUGGUCUAAUGGUGGAGAAACCCAUCUGUGAUAAUGCUACCAAUAAAGUAAUUGGUUUUAAUGCCGCUUGGAAACCCGACAGACCGUUCCCUAUUGAUAUGGCAGGCUUUGCCAUUAACCUGAAGCUCCUCUUAGAGAAUAACGAUGCCGUAUUUUCUUACGAUGUGCAGGGUGGAUAUCAGGAGAGCGAGAUACUUCGACAAAUUGUUACCAGAGAUGAGUUAGAGCCUUUAGCAGACUUUUGUACAAAAAUAUACGUUUGGCAUACGCGAACAGAACCACCACGGCUGAACGUCGAACAGCUAUUGAUAAAGAAGGGAAAACGUUCGGAUACGGGGAUAGAGGUCUAAUCGUUAAUUCUUAUUAAUGUUAAUGUAAUUUUUACUUGCCAACAAAGAAGUGUCUUCGAUUACACCUCCUUCUGUCUAAGCACGAAUCGAAGCGAGCGAUGAGAGCACCGAUACGUUUUGCAUAGUGAAACGUGUCGUGACCGUGUGCCAUCAAGAUAAUAGUUUCGCAUACGAAGACGACGAGACGUCGUUGAUUCUUAGGAUAAAAGAAAAAGGAAAAAGAAAGAAAAACGAAUAAAAAAAUUAAUAUUUUUUCUUUUUUCCUUUUCGCGCGCACAAUUAGACGCGCGCGAUGGGAAUCGUCAAUAAGGUAGGAAUGUAUCAUACCAACGAAUCAUAAUGAUAUAUUAUCGUCCGAUGUUUAUGUUUCGUCAGGUCAAUCACUAUUUAGAGAUUUUUUCCUUUUUACAAUUUUUCAAUAUUUAUUAAUACUUAUUAAUACUUAUUAAAUCAACCGCGAUAGGGCAAUGCUAAUAAAUUAUUUUUUUCUUUCAACGAUAA